GGCAACAAAAUAAACAGUGAGAAAGAGGAGAGGAGAGGAGAGGAGGAGGGAGAGAAUUGUACCAAACUAAACAUGACUUCUUCACUGAGCCUCUCAACUGCCACCAGGGCUUUACCUUCUCCAUCCAUCCCUCACAAAACCAAGCUUUCUCGCAAUCUCUCUAUAACUUGUAAAGUUACAGAACAACAAAGUGGCAAGCCAAACAAGAUACAAACCUUGAUCAAUCAAAUUAGUUUGAAACCAGGAGGGAUAUUGUCCAAGAAUUCAGGCUUAGCGAUUCAGAUCGGAGCUCUUUUAAGCAUUGUUGAGCAACCGGCUUUAGCAAUAACAGGUGUUAACAACGAAGAAGAAUUGUCAUGGAUAUUGAUACAACUAGGAAUUCUUGCAUUUUGGUAUUUCCUUAUCAUGCCGCCUAUAAUAAUGAACUGGAUGAGAACCAGAUGGUAUAAAAGGAAGUUCGUGGAGAUGUAUUUUCAGUUCUUGUGCACAUUCAUGUUCUUUCCAGGAAUUCUGCUUUGGGCACCAUUUCUGAACUUCAGGCAACGUCCCCAGGAUCCAAAUAUGAAAUAUCCAUGGUCCACGCCUUCUGACCAGUCUUUGACAGAGUGAUUAAAUGGAAAGAGGCUGCUUGUAUGUGCAUACAAUGUCUUGUAUCACUUUGUAUAAAUACAUAUAACAUUCAGUGUAAACUCUGUUGUUUUUCUUCUUCCAGUGUCAGAAGCCAGAUCAUUGACUAAUUAGAUUAAUGAAACAACUUCAUAUGCUUGAAAAGUACAGUAUAUUUAUUCAA